UGAUUUGAUAUAAAUGUGCACGGACACCGAGCUAAGAGACACAGUCCAGAUUCGUUAUCUGGUGGGUGAGUGCUAAUUCUAAGAUAUGAUGGAACCGAGAGUGUAUCAUCUGUUAAGUGUGGUUUUGAUGGCAUGCCUAGGCUUCUGUGAUAUAGUCGUUAACGCGAAUGCAAAAGCUGCGCUGAAAACGAAUGUUAAGGUGGAUCCGUCCUUGAGCUGGUGCAAAGUGUUCAAUAACCAAGACUUUCCACCGUUCACACAAUGUGAAAAUAAAGAAGAUAAUUUCUUCGACUAUUUCCCGGCAUGUUGCAACGGGGCAUACAAGUGUCGUGCUGGUCGUGUGUGGAAUUUGUACCUUUGCCCCCCUAAAACUGUAUCUGAUGGCACCUCGAGAUGCAUAGAACUGAAGGGUGGUGUUUGUCCGUAUAACCGAAAUGGAAGUGACAGUGGUAUUACCAUGGCCACGGCCUCUACAACAGCAUCAACUAAAAUAAUUACGACGGUUCCAACUGUACCAAUAACUUUAACCACUCCAAAGUUUUCGGUGUAUCCAAAUGGCUCAACAACUCCAACGCAUCCAAUAGUUUCUGUGCUUCCAACAGAUUCAACGGUUGCGACAACUUUGACGGAAUUAACGGAUCCAGCAACUUCAGAACCUACAACUAUUUCGACCCAUCCAAACGUUUCAGCGACUCCAACGGAUCCAAUAAGUUCAAAGCCUUCUACAAUACCAGCAGUCUCCGUGAUUCCAACGGAUUCAGAUCUCCCGACGACUCCACCAGCUCUAACGGUUCCAACAGAUUCAGACCCACCAACUGUCUCGACAAUGGUUCCAGAGCUUACAACAGAAUCAACCACUCCGGCAGCGUCAGCGUUCCCUACUGAUUCUCCAACUUCAAUGGCUCCAACAAUCCACCCGGACACAACUGUUCCAACGACUACAAUAGCUCCAACUGCUCCAGAACCAAUCUGUGCUACGGAAUCGUAUGGGAAAAAGAUCGCACACCCUGCCGAUUGUACCAAAUAUAUUGUUUGUGACGGCAUAACUGGUACUGCUAAGGACUGCUACGAAGGAUACAUUUUCUAUAAACCGUUCGCGGCUUGUCUACCCGGAAAUAAGAAGACCUGUGAGCGCUAUUCGUUGGGGCGUUGAACACAGUCAAGUAUCAGUUCAACACAGUAAUAAUUUCAUGCAAUUCAAAAACAUUGUAAAAUUUGAUUAAAUUUUGUUGCAUCUAUAUACAUUUUAUCACAUCUAUUGAUGACAGCCAUAUUGGAUGUUUUUAAAACAUAUGCUAUA